UCCCUUAUUCUCCUCUGCACCCCAGUGUCUCAAGUGUGCUUUCUCACCAUGCCAGCUCUGACCCCCCGCUGCGCCAUUGUCCCAUCUAAGACCCAGGAAUCCCCCCAAUCUGGACCCCUGCCUCCUCUCUUGUCCCCACUGGGCCCCCAGAUUCUCAGGCUGCUCCAGUCCAAAAGAAGCCUCAGGAGGAGCUGAGCUCCAGUGGCUGGCCCAGGGCUGCCUUAUCAGUUGAGCUGGUCCUAACUCCUGCGUCUGCUGGUCACCCUGGAGAUGGCCCUGCUUUGUGUCCUCUUUGGGUUGUUCUGGAUCCCGAUGCUGAGCCUGCAGACUCCAGUAACUUCAGGAAAGCCUCCUUCUUCGGUCUCCUAUAACUCUGAGAUCCAGCAUCUCUCAGACAACCUUACUGAUGCUAACAGCACCUGGAACCAGACCUCAACUCCGCCCCACUCCACGCCGUCUGAAAGCAGUAACGUGUCUCUUCCUAUGGCUUCCAUCAACGCAUCUGAGCCAACAGCUUCCCAGGGUGAUUCCACCAAGAAGCCUUUGCUUUCCUUAGGAACCUCCAGUGCAACCAGCAGAAUUCCUGUCCCUGUCGCAGAGAACUCUCUGGAACACUCCACUUUGACAGGUGGAAUCAUGACACCUGACUUUCUGGAAACUUCCAAUGGUACCGGUGAACCUUCCGUCACCACAGCAACCAAUUUUCUGGUUGCUAACAAUGAGACUAGUGGAUUCCCUGUUACCAUGGCAAUCAGAUCUGUGGCACCCUCUAAUGAGAUGACAGGACCCCCUGCUACCAUGACAACCAGGUCUCUUGAGCCCUCCAAUGGGCCCCCUGCUACCAUGACAACCAGGUCCCUGGAGUCCUCUAGUGGACCCCCUGUUACCUUGAAGCCCUCCAAUGAGACUAAUGGACCCUCUGUUGCUAUGGCAACUAGCUCUGUUGAGGUCUCUAGUGUGGCCAGCAGCUCUCCAGUCUCUCACGGAAAACUACCUGUAAUGACUACUCCGCAUCCCUGGACAGACACAAGCUUGAGCCCUGCCCUGGCGGCAGGCCAGGGGUCCCGGGGCAUGCUGCUGGUGCCCAUGCUCGUGGCACUGCUGGUGGUUAUAGUCCUAAUGGCUUUGCUGCUGCUGUGGCGCCACCGGCAGAAGCAGCGCACGGGGGUCCUGACGCUCCACAGAGGCGGAAAGCGCAAUGGCGUAGCGGAUGCCUGGGCUGGGCCAGCUCAGGUCCCUGAUGAGGCCAUGAGAGCCACGGUGGGAGGAUCUGGGGCUGACAAAGGCUCUGGGAUCCCUGAGACGGAGGGGUCUGGCCAGAAGCUUUCACUCACCACUUUCUUUGGCAGACGGAAGUCUCACCAGGGCUCCUUAGCACUGGAGGAGCUAAAGCCUGGAUCAGGCCCCAGCUUGAAAGGGGAGGAAGAGCCACUGGUGGGCAGUGAGGAUGAGGUUGUAGAAGCCCCCACUUCCAAUGGGCCGGAAGUAGGGGAUGGAGCUGCUUGUGAAUAAUGAGAGUGGAGUUGGAAGCCUGGUGCUGGUAGCUCACGCCUAUAAUCCCAGCUACUCAGGAGGCUGAGAUCUGAGGAUCCCAGUACAAA